AUGUCUCAAUCACCCGAACCAAGAGAAGAACGUGAGAGGGAUGAGUAUAUGCGCUCUCGUUCACCUGAACCAAACAGAGAACGUUCAGAAAGCAAUACUCCCCUCGAUAGCAAGCAACGAAGACGAUCACCCCCUCGCCCUUCACAUGCUCCGGCCAAUCCUGAACCUACCACUAUGGUAGGUGUUUUCGGUCUCUCAGUUCGCACAAAUGAACGUGAUUUGGAAGACGAAUUCAGCCGUGUUGCUCCGAUCGAUAAAGUUACCAUUGUCUACGAUGCAAGAUCCCAACGAUCUCGUGGUUUCGGCUUCGUAACCAUGGCAGAUUUGGAAGGUGCUAAAGCUGCAAUCGCACAAUUAAACGGUCUUGAGUUGCAUGGUCGCCGCAUUCGUGUGGAUUACUCGGUCACACACAAACCACAUGAGCCUACUCCUGGAGAAUAUCGUGGUGAGCCCAACCGUCAAGAUCAUCGUGGUCCACCUGGACGUGGUGGUCCAGGCGGAUUCCGUGGCCCGCCACCAGGAUGGGGUCCCCCACCACCAUGGGCAGAUCCACGUGGUCCUCCUCCAGGAUACGGUUAUGGACCACCACCAAGAGGUGGAUAUUAUCCUCCUCCACCUAUGGCUGGUGGUUGGGGUCGUGGACCACCAGGAGGAGGUGGCUGGGGUGGCAGAGGAGGAGAUCGUGGUGGAGACCGCGGUGGAGAUCGUGACCGUCGUCGCGGUGGUGGUGGUAGAGGAGGUCCAGACGUUGAUGAUAACUGGCGUCGCAGAGAACGCUCCCGCAGCCCUGUUCGUCGCCGUGAUCGUAAUGACAGCCGCAGUCCUCCACCUCGCAGCCGACGUGAUGAUGAUGAACCGUCCUCCCGCCGUCGUGAUGAUUAA